AUGAAACACAAGUUUAAUACACAAAGGAUUUUGUCUGCGUCAUGCGAUAGUCAAAGAACAAUAGCAACACAGCCUGAAGCCGAAACAAGAUUACUCGAGCAAGAAUUUCGAGAGAAAGAAUCCAUUCUGCUGUCGACAGUCUCUUGGUUCUGGGGUAAACUAAAACCGACACAGAUUUGCUACCUUAUGCAAUUUUCAACAGACAGGACUUUUCUGGUAACGGGUUUCAGAGAAACUCAAGGCGACAUUCAUAAUCCGAAUUACAGUAUCGCAGUGAAGCUGCAAAGGAAAGUUUAUAUUUUUAAAGUACAACAUCAAAACGGCGAACUGAGUUUGGAUUUCUCAAACCCGCAACAACCAAAAGCGCUGACAUUGUUUGCGUUGGUUUUCAAAAUUGUGCAAGCAAGCAAAAUUUAUGGCAGCGUAGGUGAAAUUCCAAGCGAUCGUGGAACAAUUUUAGUGAGUUUAAUAUAUCCUGUUUUGAGGAUUUCCAGCCUGAAGGCACACUGUCGCCGUGUAAUCCGAUUGAAAUAUGAAAAGAACAACACUGAAGAUUUGCCAAUACCAAAGGCGCUUAAGACAUACUUGAGCGCAAUUUGA